AUGGCCGGUCUGAGCGAGAUACUGGCGUGGGACGCCGGUCAGAUCGAUCCGGCGUAUUUCCCUGACUUGGCCCGUCGUGCGAUUUCCGCAAAGUCACCGAGUAGCACCAGCGGUGCAUGGCCAGCAGUCAGCGACGCGCUGCUGAAACCCGGUAUGGAGCCGGCUACUUAUUGCAGCACAGUCGCUCAAAAUAGUGCAUAUGCAGAAAUUUGGAGGACAGCAGCGGGCAACAUUGGAUUGCUCGGCCCACGGCUGGACUUGGUGUGGAAAGUGAACAACAACAUGUUCAAGUGCCUUCUUUUGGUCAUCGCAGGAUCACUACUUGCCUCGAAAAGAAGACAGAACUCGCAGCGACCGACCAAGUACUCAUCCUUCUGA